UUAAGUUUUCCAUUUGCACCGAACGCAACGCAAGUAGCUCCCACAAAAUCGGAAUCAGCCGAAACGAAAACGAAACACAAAUAACAGAACGCGCGCGCUCAAAGUCAGUGCUUGAUACUAAGAUAUACCACAGAUAUACUACAUACAUAUGUAUGUGGAGCAUCGGCGAUAAAUAUUAAUAUACAAGUAUAAUUGAAAAUAUAAGUGUACGCGAGUGCCAAUACUGUGAAAUCAAUACGAAUGAGAAAUGUGACUAACCAACCAAAGGAAAGCAAUUGUGCCAAACCUCGUUGAAAGACAACAAAUUAAAAAUAAAAAAGCGCCUAACGGCUAACGGUUAACGGCUAAAGUUAGCAGUUAGUACCCAGUUACCAAUCUAUCCGCCCGACCAGCGCCGUCAUCCGAAUCUAGAACCGAUCGCCACGCCAUGAGCAUCAUCGACAGCGGCAAGUACCGCUUGCGCAAGGACUGGGCCAGCGCCUCCAUCCCGUCCUUGGUGAACAUCGACGAGCACGACGGCGACUCCGGCGACACGGAGGGCAGCCUCAAUGCCACGGCACCACCACUGCCUCCACAGAAGCCCCCGCGGCGCAGCUCCCUGGCCCUCGGACUGUUCUCCAGUAAAUCCGAUAAGAGCCAGAAGCGCCGCAGCUCCAUAGCCGUCUCCUUCCUGCGACGGGAUAGUAGUAAGAACUCCACCAAAGACUCGUACGAAUCGGCUGUGCGCAGCGAGAAAUCCGACGGAUCCGGCACACCCACCAGUCCGGAGAUCGUGUACAGCUCCGAGGAGAAUAUCCGGGCCAGCUCCCCCAACGAUCCGGGCAAGCAGACCUUCUUCGAGGACGGCAGCCAGUCGCCGCGUCCAGUGCUCCAGGGGCUGAACACCUCGUACGAGGGACCCCAGAAUGAUCGCCAGAGGCGCAGGCGCAGCUCGCUGCAGACCAAGCUGGACCGGCAUCGCCGCAAGAAGAUGGAGUACAUCAACCAGAGGAGCCUGGACUCCGGCAUGAUGUGCAGCGAGUCCCAGAGCGACCUGACCAACGACAGCUUGGCCGAGGGCUCCGGCAGCUUUGCCAACGGAAGUGGCAACGGCAACGACGACGAGGACGACAUCAUCGAUCCCAGCCACGGGGAGUACUUCCCGCGCGAGAAGCGCCACUCUUGGUGGAACAUCUUCGUGCCCGACAAUUUCAAGAACAGGUCACGUAGGGCUAGUCAAGAUGUUUCCAGUUUGUCACGCAGCGUUGACAAUUUGGCGAUACCCGUGCGCAGGAGCAAAUCGCGCAGCGUGGAUCACGGCCUUGCGGCUCCAUUCGACUUGGACUCGCUCCGCUCCAAAGUGGAGCAGCGCUUCGAGAGCGUCGACAAACUAUCAAGGCAAAAGUCUUCAUUGCCCACCAUACCCACCAUUUCCUACACCGUGGGCAAUCGCGACACCCUGACAUCCGUGGCCGCCCGGUUCGACACCACGCCAUCGGAGCUGACCCACCUCAACCGCCUGAACAGCUCCUUUAUCUACCCGGGCCAGCAGCUGCUGGUGCCGGACAAGAGCGCCAGGGACGACGCCUCCAGCAGCUCCACCCACGACGCGGACGGCGCCAGCCUGUCCGGCAAAUCGAGUCCGGUCGAGCGCAAGCUGUCCGGCGACGAGAGCCGCGAGAAAGACAUACUCGAGGGCCUGCGCCCCGGAUCCCCAAAACCGGGACACAUGGAGCGCGUGGGCGGCAGUAGCCAGCAGCAGCAGGCGGAGGAGGAGGCCAACAAAAGCGACGAUCCGGUGAUCACCCAGCGCUUCCUCAAGAUCAAUGUGCGCCACAUCACAGACGGACAGGGCGUGGUGGGCGGCGUCUUGCUGGUCACGCCCAACGCCGUUAUGUUCGAUCCCAACGUCAGCGAUCCCCUGGUCAUCGAGCACGGCCCGGAGAGCUACGGCGUCAUUGCGCCCAUGGAGCUGGUGGUCAACGCCGCCAUCUUCCACGACAUAGCGCACAUGCGAGUGGCCGGAGGAGCAGGUCAGGGCCUGAACUCCGCCUCGGGAGACGCGGAGAAGCCGGAGAUCUACUAUCCCAAACCAGUAUUAGUCGAAGAAGACUCCAAGGAGCUACCCGAGCAGCAGUCGCUGCUGGGCGAAGACGGUAAUAAGCGCUUGGAUGAAGAAAUUGGGUCGCUAGAGAUCGCUGACGACCAAGAGUCGCUGUGCUCUAGCACUGGACGCGAUGGCGACGCGUUUCCCAAAGCCUUCGACCGCGAACGUGUGGAGGACUCUUCUAUGGAAGCCAAAGAUAGCGCUAAGACUGACGCUCUAGACGAUGAAGACAAGAAGGCCGGCCUGGGCCUCUCCAGCACUCGCUCCACCCUCGAGGAGCGGCGCAAGAGUUUGUUGGAUCACCACUGGGCCAUUCCGAGCAAAGACCGCUAUUGUUUGUCUAAUUCCCGAAGAUCCUCGGAAGAUGAGGGCGACAACGAGUCUAACGUUACCGUGGACAGUGGCGCACGUGUCCAGGAUCCGCACUCGGCCAAUAGCUCGGUCAGCGGCGUGCCGCUUGGUCAGCCCCUUGUGGCUGCCGCUGCAGCUGCCGCCGCCGUCGCACCCACCUCAGCCGUCGCUCCUCUGCCUCCCUCGGGCAUCGACCUGGAGCACUUGGAGCAACUGUCCAAGCAGUCUUGCUACGACUCGGGCAUCGAUAUACGCGAGCCCGUUCCCAACGUACAGCCGAUACCAAAGAAAACCGUCUACAGCGACGCGGACAUUGUCCUCAGCUCCGACUGGGUACCACCGAAAACCAUUGUGCCGACGCACUUCAGCGAGUCCCCGCCGCGCAGCACCAUCCUUGGCCAGAGUCUCGACGCCGGCACAGGAGGCGCAGGGGGCGUCCGUAAGAAGACCUCGAGCGUGAGCUUCAGCGUCGACGACGAGGCUGCCCAGCAGGCUCAGGCCCAGGCGGCUGCACUGGCUGCCACAGACAAGCAGGCGGACAAGAAGAACAAGAUGCUUAAACGUCUCUCAUACCCCCUGACCUGGGUGGAGGGCUUGACUGGGGAGGGUGGAGCCGUGCCGCCCGGCGGCGUGGGCAGUGGAAGCCUGAACAAGUCGGGAGACACAGACUCGGCGCCCAACACGGGUGACUCCAACCAAAGUGUAUUUUCGAAAGUAUUCUCAAGCUCGCCCAUCACUCUGGUCUCAGAGCUGGGCGGGAAUCUCUUUUCGAAAACACCGUCCGAGGACUCUGGUGGCUCACCUGUGCCGCCAUUGACUCCGCAUUCGACUCAUUCCGAGGGUCACAUGACCUAUGGACGUUCCUCAAUCGGCACCUUUAUUCGUCCUCACUCGUCGGAGGGCACUUCAUCCAGCACCAAGCUGAAGGAGGCCAAGCAGGCGCCCAAGCUGGACUAUCGCUCCAUGGUCUCCAUGGACGACAAGCCGGAACUCUUUAUCAGUGUGGACAAACUCAUCCCACGUCCGGCUCGAGCCUGCCUUGACCCACCAUUGUAUCUACGCCUGCGCAUGGGCAAGCCCAUCGGCAAGGCCAUUCCGCUGCCAACCUCUGUCAUGUCCUACGGCAAGAACAAGUUGCGCGCUGAGUACUGGUUCAGUGUGCCAAAGAAUCGCGUUGAUGAGCUCUAUCGCUUCAUAAACACCUGGGUGAAACACCUGUACGGUGAGCUGGACGAAGAGCAGAUCAAGGCGCGUGGCUUCGAGCUGAUUCAAGAGGACACCGAGUGGACCAAGAGCGGCACCACCAAAGCCGGCAUGGGAGGCGGCAGCCAGGAUGGCGAGGAGAUUAGCGACCUGACCCGCGAGUCCUGGGAGCUUAUAAAGGCGCCGUUCGCCAAGACCUACAAGAUCAUAAAAACGGCAUCGCAUGCCGCAUCGCAUGACCUGGAAAUGCUGGGCGGCGAGGUGCUGUCAAUGAGCACAGAUGAAUAUCGCAAGACCUCGCUCUUUGCCACCGGUUCCUUCGACCUGGACUUCCCCAUACCAGACCUGAUCGGCAAGACAGAAAUCCUCACAGAGGAGCAUCGCGAGAAGCUCUGCUCACAUCUGCCGGCUAGAGCCGAGGGAUACUCCUGGUCCUUGAUCUUCAGCACCUCACAACAUGGUUUCGCCCUGAACUCCCUGUACCGCAAAAUGGCGCGUCUGGAGAGUCCAGUUCUGAUUGUCAUUGAGGAUACGGAGCACAACGUAUUUGGUGCCCUCACCUCCUGCUCACUGCAUGUGUCGGAUCACUUUUACGGCACCGGUGAGUCCCUGCUCUACAAGUUUAACCCCAGCUUCAAGGUGUUCCAUUGGACUGGCGAGAAUAUGUACUUCAUCAAAGGCAACAUGGAAAGCCUUUCGAUUGGCGCUGGAGACGGUCGUUUUGGCCUGUGGCUGGAUGGUGACCUGAACCAGGGACGAUCGCAGCAGUGCAGCACAUACGGCAAUGAGCCUCUGGCGCCACAAGAAGACUUUGUUAUCAAAACACUCGAAUGCUGGGCAUUUGUUUAAGUGAAUUUCUGUUGUCGACAACAAACAUAUUUAAGGAUGGGAGCGAAGGCCUCCUGCCGACCUAUCUAUUUAAUUAACUAUAUGUACUUGUACUAAAAACCAACAACCUGAGGAAGAUGUCAAAAGCUGGUGUGCGUCCAAGGAUCGUCCCUUCGGAACGGUCCACACAGCCCGAACCCCGAAACACUUGAAUACACCAACACCACCACAUGAAGAUGGUUUUGAAGGGAUCUGAUCUGAAGAAAAAUGCUUGUGAAAACUCGGUUCUCGGAAGCAACUGCGAGUUAGCUAUGCGUUGGAACGUAUUAAUUAUUUAGUUUUUAUAUCAUAUAUUAUUAAACAAAAGCAACUAAAUUAUGUGUUAGACUUAAACAAAACAAAAGAGAACAUGAGAAAACCCAAGAAACAGACUAUCGACGCGGAAACUUAAGCGAAAACAAUUGAGGAUAACAAUUGAGGUCAUCACACAUCUCCAUGAAAAACAUGGCACACGCAUACACCCACACACGCCCACAUGAAAACACACAUUUAAUUAUAAACACCAAAUUGUGAGAAGAGACAUAUAGAAAAAAGGCAUUUAUCGUGUCAGUUCUCUUGAUUGAUUUCAGUUUGAAUUUAGUUUCGAUUGUUUGAGUUACUAGAGUUAUUUGAGAACAUUGUGAAAAGCGAAGCGAGCUGAGAAGAUGAGAAAAAUAAAAAGAAUGUCGAUAUAAUUUUUAGUGCAAAAGUGCUGAUUGCAAGUAAAACUAAAGCGAAGAUAACUUUAAACCAUUUGACUUUUAUGUAUAUGUAAAGAAGGAGCCGCGAAGAGCUGAGAUCGAGCGUUUUAUUUUUAGUUUUACACGAUAUACAUACAUACAUAUAUUUAAUUACGAUUAUUUUAAUGCUAAUGAUGUUGACUUUUAUGCAAUUAUACUAAAACAAAAACAGAAACAACACCAGAACGAAAUACACAAUAUAAUACACCAAACUGGCCAAACAGAGGUUUUACUCUGAUGGGGUUCCCAAUUGAUCGUUUCAAGAUAAUUGUAUCCUAGGUGUGUUAUUCGCUGUGCUAUAAGGAUGCUUGCUAUAAGGCACCUUUGUUUUGUAGUUGUAAGUUCUCUUCGCAGAUAUCGCUCACACCCACAUACAUAUGUACACACACACACACACAGAUACUUCCGCAGCAGAAUCAGACGAGCGGUGGCUGGUUGCUGGUGGAAAAGGAUUUGAGGAAAUCAAACCAACAAACUUAAAUGGCUUUAUAUCCCUUUUGAGAUACAAUUUCAGUAUGAUUAAAAUAAAUAAAAUAUAUACAUAUAUGUAUACACAUACGCUAAUAUAUAAAUGUACAAUGGUAGAAACGAAUAUAGGUAUAUGUAAGUGUAAUUUUUGUAGUGUAUUUGCGCCCCAAAAAAAACAAAACCCCGGCCUCCCCUCAAUCUAGCUCCCCCCAAUCGAUUGUAUUGUGACCCCCCAGAACUACCCAAAAAUCUUACGGCCACGCAGGCGACUCAGAAACAUAUUCUAAAUAUUCAAAUACACUCGAGACGCUGGGAGAUAGAUACAUUUCAGAGAACAAACGAAACGAAACAAAAUUGCUGAUAUUUUACACAGAACCGAGUUCGAAACUAACAAAAAGUAAGGUAUUAAAAAUAUUUCAUUUCAUCGGAGUUCAAGUUUUUACUGGUUUAAAAGUGAAACAAAGUCACGAAACAACGCACACGAGCCAACAAAAAAAAUUGUGAAAUUAUAAAGAGAUUGAAGAUAUUAAAUGUAAAGAUAAUCCCAAAACGAAACCCAGAGAAUCAUCUAAGCAUGCAACACUUUAGAGAAAUUUAGCUGAAAAUUUGCACGCACCCCAGCCCUAAAAAUGGAAAUAUACAUAUGAAAAUUAAGAAAGUGGUGAACGAGGGCGACUCACGCCAGUGGAAGAUGUUUUAGAUGUUAUUUAAACGACCUUGACAGACAAUUUUUGUGUAGUUUGCAUGCCUGACCACACACACACCCACUAAACUUCAUCCCUCUAAGAUGUUAUAUAAGCCCCUCCCUAAGCACGCAUUAAACCAAAUCCAAAUCAAGUUGAAUCCCUGUUGUAUUGUGAAAACGAAAGACUUUCUUUUGAGGACUGUUGAGAGCAAAAGCUAUGAUAACCGGAAACCGAAAGAUCGUUUAGCCUUGAAAUCACUUCAACUACACGCGAACUUCAUUCAAAAACUUGAGACCAAAAUACGUUUACUACAAAAUAUGGCAUGCGACAACUCUACGAGUAUGGUUGUAGCAUGAUAUCAUUAAAUAUUAUCGAUACGUAUACCGCAGAAUAGUUUGUUGACAACCAGUCAAUUAUGACCCAAACAAAACUCACACACGCGAGCUAAAAGCUUAGUUAAUAUACUUACAUAUGUAUAUGAAGUCAAGAAGUGUUUAUUUCCGUAGGCUAUGAAACUAUGUUGUUGAAUUCGUAGCUAUUUUGUUGUGCGUUGAGCAGUUAUGAAGUGCAUAUCCAUAGCCAUAUGGAGCCGAAAUUAAUGGAGAUAAUUUUAUAUUGUAACUUCUGUCAAUUAAAUUGUAGACUGGUGCAUAUACCAAGCGAAACAGCGUAACAUAUGCCGCACAUACAUACAUACAUGUGUAUAGUUGUUGCAGCAGGCACUUGUUUAAGCCAUCAAUGCAUGAUUCAUUGAUGACGAACUAUAGUUCUGCUACCCCAAGUUUUGUUGUGCGUUCAAUAAGUGCUUAGUAUUGGUGUAAUAUGUAAUUCAGGCAGACAUACAUGUAUGUAUUUCACGGCCAGUUAAUCAGUUAGUGUGCAAUUAUCCCAGCCCAUGCGAGUACUUUUUGCACUCAGUGUCCGCAUUUCCAGUGCGCUUGCCCAUUGCAGUGUUGAGUAGUUUGCAAACGUUUCUAGUUGUUGUGCACUGAAAAUAAACACAAUGUAAUUCGCACAAUUCGCGGCAGAUAUUCGGCCAGGCGCGUCAGAUAUGCAUACAAUAUACAUACAUAUGUGCACCCUCUUAGAGAUAGAUUUGCGAUUGUUAGGUGCUGAAGACGACCUCCGCUUUUUCAGUUCCACCCUGUAGAAUGCUGAUUGUAGAACAACCGCGCGAUUGUAUAAACUCCACUUAGAAGAGAGCACCACUCUAUCUAUCCAGGCCACAACUAAAGGUCCAUGGCACAUGCCACAUGUGUUAAGUGGGGGACUGGACGAGAGGGAGGAUUUUUCAAAGGAUAUA